AUGCCCUCGCUCGAGUCGCCCAACAGCCUUAAGAAGAUGAAUUACGGCAUGCGCAACCGCUUCGGCUUCGACAACAUCCUCGGCGAUCCGUUCGCCCUGUCGACCAUCUCCAUUAGCAUUCUCGCAUGGAUCAUCGCAUUCGUCGGCUCGGUCAUCGGUAGCCUCCACGGCGAGUUCCCCAACUACACCUGGUGGGCUCUCGUCUACUUCUUCUGCUGCAUUGUCGGUGUUAUCAUCGUCGUUGGUUCCGAGUCCGAGGACACCUACCACGUCGCGGUCUCUAGCUACCUCGCCGCAGGCUUGGUCUUCACCAGCUCAGCCGUCAAUGCCACCGUCUACCAGAAUGACUCCGCGAAGGAGGCUGCCGCUGCCGGCUACAUCCUCCUGUCGAUGGUUGCUAUUAUCUGGAUCUUCUACUUCGGCUCGCAGCCCUCGGCCUCGCACCGCACUUUUGUUGAUUCGUAUGCGAUGAACAAGGAGGGUCAAUCCGUCCGCAACUCUCGUCCCAUGUCGAACAACUACAGUGCCCGCCCGCAGACGACGACCACCCAGCCGCAGCCUCAGAUGUACACUUCGGCCCAACUCAAUGGCUUCGAGACGUCAUCCCCGGUGUCCGGCUACCACGGCGGCCCUGCUGGUGCGGCUGAUCGCAACUCUACGGCACCGCGCUUCGGCAAUGGCAUGAACGGCACCGCCAACCCGGGCGCACAGCCCGAGCAGGACGCACCCACUGAGUACCCGUACCGUGCCAAGGCCAUCUACAGCUACGAGGCCAACCCCGAGGAUGUCAACGAAAUCAGCUUCUCCAAGCACGAGAUCCUCGAGGUGUCGGACGUCAGCGGACGCUGGUGGCAGGCGAGGAAGCAGACGGGUGAGACGGGUAUUGCGCCAAGCAACUACCUCAUCUUGCUAUAG